UAUUUCACUUUAGAUAUCACCGCAGAGGUUUCGACACUACUGAAAUCACACACUUUAUCUAUGGAAUUGUUACCAGAUCAAGCAGAAAAGCUUAGGCAGUUUCAGGAAGUAACAAAUGUGGCAGAACGAGAUCUAGCUGCCGCCAGACUUGAAUCCGUAGGAUGGAAUUUGGAACAAGCGAUUGAAUCUUAUCUUUGCGGUGAUGGGAUUGUAGGAGACGAUGUUGAGGUGCUGCCCCCACCUGCCAAGAAUCAUCGUCGCGAAGUGUCAGGAGCUCAUGAAGUCAGCCCUGAUGCGGACGAUUUAGAGGUACUUGAGCUAUUAAAUAAUCGCAAAUCUCGCCGUCAAGGGCGACUAACACCACGCGGUCUUGAAGCAGAUGAUCAUUCUGCUGUUGAUAUGGAUGUGUCUCGUCCAUCUUCUUCAGCCGUUCCAUCGCAUCGUACUCGGAAUGGACAUUUACAACCAGAGGAUCUUACGAUGUCUGAUGACGAUGAAUCAUAUCCCAUACAUGAUCAAGACGAUAUUGAAUGCUCAGAUAGAAAUAUGCUUCGUAACAAUCUUCCGCUAAUUCCUACAGAAUGCGGAAGUGUCACGGAAGCUCUUCAUAAUUUCGUCGUUGUUUUUGAAUCUAGAUUUUCUGGUAUUGGAUGUCACAUACCUUCUUUCUUCACUGGUUCCUUACCUGAAGCUAUUAAAGAGGCUUUUGAAGCACCCGGGGGUAUAUCUGAACGUCGUCCACUCGCUCUCUACAUUCACCAUGAUGGUAGCAUUGCGGCAAACAUCUUUCCUUCAAAAGUUCUGUGCAGUGAUGCUGUUUCGAACUUGUUGAGAUGUCAAUAUAUUCUAUGGCCGUGGGAUGUUACUCACAAAGAAAAUGAAGUGAAACUUCGUGAAUGGCUGGAAAUGGUCGGUAUGGGAGAUGCUCGGCGUACUCUUGAAACUAUGGCAUAUGAUAAGGAAAAAUUUCCACUCCUUGUUAUUAUAGCGAAGGAUCGUGGCUCAUACAAUAUCAUCGACAUAUGUGCAGGUAUGGACAGUGCUGAUGUUGUAAUGGAAAAGUUGAUGGCCGGUGUGGAUGCAUAUACAACGAUACGCAAUACCGAGAAACAAGAGGAAGCAGCUCGUAUCGAAAGGGAACGUAUUCGGCAAGAACAAGCUCUGGAAUAUGAAAUGUCACUAGCAGCUGACAAAGCCCGAAUGCAAGCUAAGGAACGCGAAUUACGAGAACAGCGCGAAGAGGAGGAAAGGAAAAUACGGGAGGCGGAAGAUGCUGAAAUCAAAAGGCAGUUGCUAGCUAGCCAAUUACCGGACGAGCCGGCUGAGGAUGAGCGGGGUGCGAUCAUGGUGAAAUUCCGUCUGCCCGACAGCGAACAGGUUGUGCGCCGUUUCCGAUCGUCGGAGAAGCUUUCUGUUUUGAUAAAGUUCCUUGGAGCCAAAGGCUACUCAGCAAGUGACUACCGAUUCUUCAACUCCGAUUUUCCCAAAAAGGAUGUAACAACAUUCGACGAGUCGAAAACGUUCAAGGAAUUGCACUGGCCAGUGCGAGAGCAAAUAUUUGUAGAAGAACGCUGA